AUGUGGCUGUGUAGCCGCCAAGCCGUUGUUGAGCUAGAAGCUGGGUACCGACUCGCUUGUGCUGAUUCCGCCGUGUUCUUUUCCAACGGUACCCAGGGACCGGUACCGGUACCUGAGUUACCAGAUUACUCCGAACCAUAUCAAGACGCAUCGCCACAUCCAGGCAGGUGCGAUUCCUCUCUUAUAAAUAUUUUCAACGGCAUCUGGAGAACUCAUCAACUUGCAGUUGCUCAUCAUUAUCUCGGUCAUCGAGCCUUCACAACUACUCUUUCCACAAACUCUCGACUUUCUGCCUCAUCCAUGUCUUUUGCCCCUCCUCCCGGACCGCCGCCUCCGCCUGUACCUCCAGGUUGGAAGGCCCAAUUCGACGACCGCUACAAAUCAUGGUUCUUCGUCAACCUCAAAACAGGCGUUUCCCAAUGGACCGUCCCAGAAGAAUCCGAACACCCCGCACCACUAGACAUCGGUGCGCCACCAUCAUACCACGACUCCGGCCCAGCGAACCCUGCCAUCGCCGCAGAAGCAGCUCGCGAAGAGAAAAAGAGCUCUCAUUUAGCUUCCAACAAUCCUUAUAGCACCGGUACUGGUGCUUCUGGUCACCAGAAUAUGGACGAUGAUGCGAAACUGGCUGCGCAAUUACAAGCUGAAGAAGAUGCGCGAGCGGCUGGAAACAGGGAUCGUGGAGAGAAUUCGGGGUAUUAUAAUAACGCCUCAUCGAAUAAUUUGUCGUCGGCUCCUAUUGCGCCUCAACCUACUCCCGGUGGGUAUGAUCAGCAGCAGUCGUCCGGCAAUCGUGGAUUCUUAGGAAGGUUGCUUGGCAAGUCGCCUAAUAAGCAAUACAAUGCUGUUCCUCCUCCUCAGGGACAGUACCCUCCUCAACAUGGUGGAUAUGGAGGUUAUGGUUCGCCACCACCACCACCUCCCCAGGGAUACGGUGGAUACCCACCACAAGGGGGAUACUACCCUCCACAACAAGGGUAUUAUCCGCCUCAACAAGGAUACUACCCCCAACAGGGCUACGCACAACCACCACCUAAGAAAUCUGGAGGAGGUCUAGGUACAGCCGGCGCUGCUGCUUUGGGUAUUGGUGGUGGUUUACUUGCUGGUGCUUUGAUCACGGAUGCUAUUCAGGAUCAUGAUCAGGCGGAAUAUCAGCAAGGAUACGACCAAGGUUAUGACAACGGAUAUGACAACGGUGGUGGUGAUGAUUUCGGUGGUGGUGAUGAUUUCGGUGGUGGUGACUUUUAG